GUCUGUUUUAUUGGUGUAUGUGUGUGUAUUAUGUGUCACAGAGUAGGAACCACUAAAGAUUGACAAGCUGCCGUGCCGCGUGCUGAAACAACACUCUCUUUCUUUUUCAUUUAGUACGAUUUAUGUGACCUUAUUUUUAAAGGACCUUAAAACAUUUGAAGUUGUUCGUCAUGAAAAACUCUGUUAGUCUCUGCUGGCUUCUGUUGACCACAGUGUUCCAAGCUAUGGCAACUCCUCUGGACGACUAUGUCAACGCUCCUGAUGCAACCUACAACUACAGAUAUUUAUCAACGUUCACGGGUCCUGAUUACGCCGUUCACAUUUUGAACAUGACGUCACAAACAUGGCUAACGAAUCAAGUAACCACGACACCAGUGUGGUGGCAUUACGUAAGCAUCAUCAUCCCGAGUGAGAUUGUUUAUAAAGAUACAGGAUUCUUCUGGAUCAGUUCAGGCAGCAGCUUGGAUGGACUGCCGACAGCCAAAAGCAAACAUAUUGAAAUGUUCACUGCCAUUGCUGUCAAGACAAAGACUGUUUGUGGCGUCAUCAACCAAGUCCCAUUCCAGCCAAUCGUAUUCCAAGACGAUCCUUCUCGUAAACAAAGAUAUGAAGAUGCUGUCAUCGCUUGGACGUGGAAGAAGUUUCUUGAUAAUGGAACCAAUCCAGAAAUACUUCUCCGCUUACCAAUGACCAAAGCUGUUGUGAGAGGUAUGGACACGAUGGUUGACUUCACGAAACCUUAUACAGGGAAUGAACUCAAGAAGUUUGUAAUUGGAGGAGAAUCCAAGCGAGGCUGGACCACGUGGACAACAGCAGCAGUAGAUAAACGGGUUAUUGGUAUGGUGCCAACAGUUAUGGAUUUGCUCAACACUCAAAAGAAUCUUCAUCAUCACUUCCGGUCACUCGGGGGAUGGACAUUUGAGUUUGAAGACUACUAUAACGAAAGUGUGACGUAUAAUUUGGACAGUCCAACAAUGCCACUGAUGCAGGCGGUUAUAGAUCCGUUAAGUUAUAAAGACAGAUACACCAUGCCAAAGAUGAUCGUCACAACAUCCGGGGAUGAGUUCUUCCUGCCUGAUGACUCUUAUUAUUAUUUCGAUCAAUUGCCUGGACCAAAAUUCUUAAGGAUCAUCCCAAACGCUGAACAUUCAAUGGAAGGUCACAUGAUGAGCAACAUCCUAGCGAUCGAAGGUUUCUACCUCAACAUUCUACAGGGCGCGAGUUUCCCGACCAUCUCUUGGGUCCGUGGCGCCACGUCUACCAGCGGUACAAUCACGGUCUCUACAUCUGUUGUACCCAGUAAAGUCACAGUAUACUAUGCCAAGACUUUGGAUGGCGUCAGGCGUGAUUUUCGAUUAGUGGUCAAAGAUCCUGUAACAGGAGGACCUAAAGUCCAUCCAGUUGUUUGGCUUAGCAAAGAUGCCACCAAAAUCAGUCCAACACAGUUCCAAGCCCAAGUAGAUACACCUAUGAUUGGAUGGGCUGCCUUUUUUAUUCAGUUACAGUUUCCUGGUCCAGACAAUAGUACAAUGGAGUUCACCACAGAAGCCAACAUUAUACCAGACACCUUCCCAUUCCCUGAUUGUUAUGGAACCUCUUGUUAUGGAACAUUAGUUUAACAGUAGUUCAGUUCCCCAUAGCGUA